AUGUAUGGCUCCCAGUUCAUAACAACCUCCCAAAAAAUGCUCAAAGCAGCCUCAAUCCUUUCUAUUCCCGUCUUCGUCACGACCCAAAAUGCAGCUCGCCUCGGUCCAACCUGUAACGAACUCACCCCCCUCCUCGAAAAGUCCGUCGAGCACGUCGACAAAAAGGCCUUCAGCAUGUGGGUGCCCUCAAUAUCUCGACAUUUCUCUUCCGAAACGCCAAGCGAGGUAGUGAUCGUAGGCAUCGAGAGUCAUAUAUGUGUUACACAGACAGCGAUCGAUUUGAUUAAAGCAGGCCACAAGGUUUACGUGCUGAGGGACGGGGUCGGGAGUUGUAAUAAAGAGGAGGUGCCGAUUGCAAUGGAUCGGCUCAGGGCACUCGGUGUGACGGUUACGAGUAGUGAGAGCUGGAUUUUCGAGUGUAUGGGCGAUGCGGGUAUUGGGGAGUUUAAGGAGAUGAGUGCGCUGAUUAAGGAGUUUUCGGGGAAGACAAAGGAGGUUAUGGGGACGCUUUGUAAAAUAUAG